UUAUAUCGUACGUUUCCUCUUCAGUCAUCGAUUCACUUUUUACAUUUUAACCAUUUUCUACAUUACAAACAAGAAGAGUCCCGGAAAAAAAAUCAAAAACAAACAAAGUCUUGUUUCCGAUCGUGACGUAAAAAUAAGAUAGAAAAAGCAAUAAAAAAAGACAUUUUUCUAAAUAAAAUAACGAAAAAAAAAAACACCGAGAGGUUUUCGGGAAGACGCAUAAUGGGCGACGGCGGCGCGAAUCAAACGAUAAGAAGUUGCACGACGAGGGUGAUACGUUAGUUCGCGGCGAGGAUUUCGUUUUUUUCCCCCCCAUUUUCGUUUUUAUUCUCGUCAAUAAUCCCCCGGCAAUCGAGCGGGGGAGGGGCGGCGCGGGCGAGCGGGAAAAGAGAAGAUAGAAGAAAAAAAAAGGUGGUGCGUCUGUGUGUAAAUAAAUCGCAUACAUUACGUAUACGUGUCAUACGGUGUGACGAAGGAAUACAUAAGAUCGCGAUAUAGUGCGGGGGUGUCGUCGUCGUCGCCAUUAUUCAAUUUUUUAUUUCCUCGUUUCCGCCAAGUUUCCAUUUUUUUCAAUAAAAAUUCAAACAAUAUCACAAACCGUCAACACAAGUAAAAAUCUCGUUCUCAUUAUUUAAAGUUUAUUCAAUUUUGCAACGAUGCUGGGGUAUCUGGCCUCGAGAUCGUGAUAAUUAUACCUAAAUCUAUAUAUACAUACAACAUAUGCAUAUAUAUUACAUGUAUGUAUAUAUGCGUAGAUACCCGAAUGUAUAUAUGCAUAGAUAUAGUACGAAUGUGUGAUAAGAAGAGGGGUUGCAGAGGUGAGUGAUUGGAAGAGCGAGGGAAGAGGGGGAACGAUUCGUAUUUUUAUUCUCUUUCGUUGCCAUCCUGUUCGAACGUGUGAAAAAAAAUGUUAAAAUUCAUUUUGGAAGUUAAAAAAAAAGUAUGUGAAUUGUAAUACAUCGUCCUUUAUGCCAACUAGAACGACAAAUCGUCGCACCACCAUUGCGAAAACCAAGAGAGAGCGAGACGGAAGACGUCAACUUUUUGGAUAAAAGCUCAUUCGUUUAGUAAAUUCGAGUUUAAACACAACAAUCACAAAUUUCAACAGAAAUUCGGUCGAGGGAAGAGAUCAACGAGGGAUUUCAGUGGGAGUAAAAAAUAAAAAACAGAAAAAUCAUAAAAAUUUACGAAAUGGAGAAUUAAAAAGAGAGAGAAACGUGUGUGGCGGUGUCAAAAGAGAGAAACGACGAUAACGCACGACGUGUGCGGUGGUGCGAGUGUGUACUUCUGGUCGGGCACGUUACGCGAGUGCUGCCGCCGCUGCUGCCGCGAGUGCUUCGCUUUCCCCCAAAGUGUCGAAAAAAAUAAAAAAAUUUCAAACCCCGAAAAAUAAAAAAAGACGAAAAAAAAUCGUCGAGCUUAACGAAACAAAUAUAUUAGGAUACGAAGAACACAAGAAAUUGAAAUAAAGAAACAACGGGGAUAGUAAUGACGGAUAGCCAGCAGCAACAGUUCUGCUUGCGUUGGAACAACUUUCAGGCAAAUAUAACCAGCCAAUUCGAGGCUUUGAGGGAUGACGAAGAUUUCGUCGACGUCACGUUCGCCUGCGACGGCAGACGUCUGCAGGCACACAAGGUCGUACUUUCGGCAUGCAGCCCGUACUUCAAGGAGUUGUUCAAGACAAACCCGUGCAAACAUCCCAUAAUAUUCAUGAGGGAUGUGGAAUUCGAGCAUCUGCAGUCCUUGUUGGAAUUCAUGUACGCGGGCGAGGUUAAUAUUUCGCAGGCCGAGUUACCGACCUUUUUGCGUACGGCCGAAUCCCUUCAGAUACGAGGACUCACGGACUCGCAGAAUAGUCAGCACAACAACGAGAAGCACUCUAAAACGAACAACGUACACACCUCGAACGGACGUGGUCUGAUCUCACCGAGUUUCGACGACGAGCGUAGCAAGACUCCACCGCCAUCAACGAGUCCACCUCCAUUGAAGAGGCUUUGCAAGAGAAGCGAUUCCCCGAUAAAUUCUAGUCCCGUACCCGUUGCGCCUGUCCUUGCCUCGACGACCGGUACAAUACGAAAUCGUCCAAUAUCGAUCGAGCCCCAAGUUCAGCUCGAUUGUUACAAAGAUCUCGACAUCGUUGAGCCAAAAGUAGAACUGCCCGAGUACGGGAGCGACGAGGAAUGUUCGCCGAAGCAAGAAGUCAACACGUUGCCCGGUGGUUUUUUGAGCCUCGACGGUGGAAUGGAAGUUCUCCCUUCUUAUCCACCAUCGUAUGCAGGGAGCGGAAUGGAGGGCGGUAUACCAGGUCCAUCUCACGGGAGUUCGACGGAGCUGAAUCAGGAGCAGCAAGGCCGAAGGGUAAGACGUGGAAGACCGAGACUCGGAACGAGAGGCGGAAGGCACUUGUCAUCGGUUCAUGGUAAUUCGCCAUCGAGAAACGAUUGGUUACCGGGCCCCCUCGACAUGAGUACGACUCCACCCGCGAUGCCGGCUUUUCGUGGCUUCGAGGAUUCCUCCUCGGACGGAGUGGUACAUUUGGGCGAAGGAAUCGCAGUUUGCGAGGAACAGCUGAGGGCGGUGAAGUGGAGCGAUUACCGGAAGUUGACUCGUGGUCUCGCUGCGAUACUGUUCAGCCCGACGGAACUGGCAACCUGUUCCGUCACGGGUCAACGAUGGAGCAGAGCUGGAACUGCCACGGAACGUCCUGUUAAACCAGCCCUCGACAGAGCCAAAGUUCAAGCAAUAAUAUCUUACGUCACCUCAAGAUUUCCCUCGGUCGACGUGAGCAGCGUAAAGCAAGUUUUGGCCUACAAGUGCAAGGAGAAUUCAACCGCCCUUAAGAUGAAAUCGAUCCGGUACAUUUGUGAGAGGCAAGACACGGAAACAUCGCCAUCCGGGGAGACAGAGGACAAGUGAGUGGGGGAAAUGGGUGGGCGCGAUAAAGCGCAACCCGAAAGAAACGUAACGUUGUGUUCCCCCCUGGCCAUGGUCCUGCAAGAUUCUCGGCAUCAGCAUCACCAGCAGCAGCAGCAGCGAAAUAAUAAUCGUAGCGAGGAAGGAGAGCACUACCAAUCGCGGCCUUUUGAGAGACUCGUAGGAUCGACGAGGCAAACGUCACCGGGAGAAGAGGCUGUCGAAAAUUUGGAGCCUGGGACUAAACCCGAUUGUACGGAGAUGGAAGAAUCCCAAGACUCGAAUCCUUCGUCAGCAGGAUCUACGAUGUCAGCGAGAAACGCAACUGUUGCGGAAACAGCCGAGAGCCCCGCCGAUCCCCGAGAGAUUUUCAAACGUCUACGAGCCAUACGAAGCAGCGGAACGUCACUCGAACGCCACAACUCUCAAGCUACCUCUUAACUCGUAAUACACUCUCCUUCUUCCACUCCCCUUUUCCUCUUUCCCUUUAACUCUGAAGCAACGACCACGCGAUUGUCAUUUUUGAGGACGUCAAGCGCGAGCAACCGAGGAUCAAACCGUUCGAGGCUAUUUUUCGAAAUCAACGAAACGCUCUGCUUCCUGUAGGCUCUUAUUUUUCCGUUUCUUUUUUUUUUUUUUACCCGACCGCGGGCUGAGCCGAGGGGGCUGAGAAAACUGGAAAAAUGAACGAGUCGAACGCGGGCAAGUAGAAAAUCUGGAUAUCGAAUUGUUUUCCCUUUUUUUUUUUAAUAUGCAAUGUUGAUUCUUCGACGUUGAGACGACUUUCAGGAGUGUCGUUUGUAACGGAAUCGAGCGAGCGGACAAAAAUUGAAAAUUCUUUCAACCGUGCGAGAGAAUAAUACGACGAAUUUUUAUUCGUUUUUAAUUCCGCUCGCUCCUGGGCGACUCUAUUUCCGUUCGACCUUUUAUUUCGCCUGCAAAUUCCUCUUUUUCUUUCAAACACCAGACACGAGCCAUGAAUCUAGUUUAUUUGAAUUUUAAAUUCAAUUUCGAAGAGUUUCCUCCUCGCGGUGCGAGUAAAUUUGUCGAUAACAAUAAUUUUAUUCAUUAGAUUCGUCAAAAUUUACCGGAUACCGAGAAUAAUCCAAUUUCGUCAGUCCGUCGGAGAGCCCCUGACGUCGAUAUUAUGCCAAAUCCGGAAUUUAUUCAAUUCGAUAAAAGAAAGAGAAAAGAGAACAAAUUCGCAACUCCGAGCCAGCGAAUGGGGAAAAAAUAUCCCUCCGACUCUCUGCUUGUUUCGUUCCAUGCACUGGCCGUGAAAGAAGAGUGAUUGGAUUAUUGUGUUGGCAACGGGCUAAGACCGAAGUGCCUGAGAGUUAUAAAUUACAGGGUGAAAACCGGAAGAUGACGGGAGAAAAGUUGUUUUUCUUCUUCCUUCCUUUUCUGAGCGAGCAACAGAGGGGAACGAGUGAGAAAACGGAAGUAGGUAUCAGAAAAAGGGAUUCUUUGUAUAAAAACCGGAGAAAUACGUGCGAACAAGAAAAACAGAGUGUUUAAAUGUGUCCAGGACGAUUUUUUCUCGCCCCGCGGUCGAAAACUCAUUUUAUUUUCUCGCCGUGAAUCGCCCCCGUUUGAGCAGCGACUGCACAGAUUUUUCGUGUCCAUGCCCUUGGCUCGUUCCAUGAAAAACGAUCCUCCAACGUCAAUAUCAUCAGCAAUAACCAAGAGGCUCGGUGUGAAACGAAAAAAUCGAUAAAAAGAGAACAGAAAACGAGGAAAAAGAGCGAGAAAAUGGGGCUAGAAAUUUCGUUAAUUAAGAAAGAAUCAAGCGUACCGAGCUCCAAGUCUUUGACCCGGGGAAAAGAAUUGUCACAGAGUGAAAAAAAUAAAAGGCAGCGGUAGCGUGAUAUAUCGACACAGGCAGGGGGAGGGGACAGUCGAAAGGAGAGAGUGCCAUAGGGCUGUGUGAGAAGAGACUUUGGUUGUAGUGGGUGGCAGAGAGAGGAUCAAAGAGCGAGCAGCGAGGAGGGAAAGGGUUGAGAAGUGUGAUCUCUGCGGGGUGAGACCAUUUAGGCAUGUACAGGUAAAAAAAGGGCUUGUCGAAUGGCCGCACCGUUUUCCCCAGACUUGGACAAAUUGCUUUUCUGGCUGUGAGCUGCGAUAGCUUCUUGAGAUAUUGCGAACAAACGUGGACAAAAGACGAGAGAAAUUACGAAUAAAAAAGCCGUAAAAACGAAAGUGAGGGAGAGAGAGAGAGAGAAAGAGAGACGGAGAAGGAUGAGAAGAAGUCAAUAGAAAACGACAAAGUGAGAAAAAACGCGAGCGUUCGAAUAACCACGGCGUGUGUAUCGGGGAUAUUUGCAACUAGAAAAAAAAAAACACACACACACACACAUAAUUAAAUAGCCGAUAAAUAAAAUAGAAAGAAAACCGCAGAGUAACGUUAAUAGGGGAAAAAAAUGCGGCGAGAAGCGAUGGGAGGAAUAUGUAUAAAUAUCUCGAACACACACACACACACACACACACACGUACCGACACGUACAUUAUAGUGAGAGCAAAAUAGAGAGCUGGAUCGGUAAACGAAUAAAGAAUCCGAUCUGUCGCCCCCACCGGGAUACAAGGGUAGAUUUUCAGGUAGAAAAAAUACAACAAAAUAAUAGUAAUAAUGAAUAAUAAUAAUAAUAAUAAUGAUAAUAAUAUCAAUAAUCUAACAAUUAAUAAACGCCUAAAAUAAAACAUGUAGCUCCGAAAUUGCGUUAAGUGGACUAGUGAAAGGAAAAUCGACGAAAAAAAAAAACAAAAACGAAAAAGCAAUGGAAAAAAAAAAGAAUUUUUAAUCGCUCAACUGCCAGCUCGUUCCGUCAGUGCGAAAGAGAAUUCUAGCGAUAAAAAAUGCGAUCACACAACGUGACAUUGAGGGAUAAAAGUGGAAAAAAACAAAUAUUAUAUAUAAUUAAUAUAAAAUUGAAAUAAUCGGUAGCGGAGAAAAGAGAAAGAAAGAAAAAAACACACACACACACACACACACACACGCAAGCUUAAACGAAGGAGAACAAUUGCCGUUGGCAGAUGUGCGAAUAUAUAGAAACAAUUUUACAUAAUAAACAUAACGAAUAUAUGUAUAUUAAUAUAUUGAUAUUCGAAAGAAUAUAUCUGUGGAAAAUGAACACGUGAUGGAAGAGAAAUUGAGGGGGGGGGAAAAAAAGAAAGAGAAUGUGAACGAGAAGGAAAGAGAGAAUUGAUAGAAACGUAUAGACGAAUCUUACGAUAAAUAUUUAUACUUAUAUCCGCAUAAAUCUACAUGAAAGAAAAACAAAAAAUAAUAUAUAUAUAUAUAUAUAUAUAUAUAUGUAUAUUAUUUGUUGGGAUUACCAAUUAUUAUUGGACUCGUAUAUUGAGUAUAUUUAGAAAUAUUUAUUUGUUGAUUUUUGGUGAUAUGAGGCAAAUGAAAGAGGUAUAUCUAUACAUAUAUAUAUAUAUAUACACACACACAUAGUUCAUAUACAAUAUUACUGAUAAUUUAGUGUAUGGAAAAAACGAACGUUUAGAAACAUAUACAAGGUGGUGUAGAUGAGCCAAUCAUAGCUCGAGCGAUUAACGAAUUUGAAUGUUUAUUUUUUGAGUUUCAUCUUUCAGAUACGUUUUCGUUGAUUCUUGCACUAGGAAAUGUCCUUCGUUCAAAUUUCCUUUGUUAUUUUUUUUUUUUCUUUGUUUUCGUCAUUUUUUACAUUUAAAUUCUUGCGGAAGUUGAGACGUGAAAAUACGUGCUGAAAUUUUUAGUAUUGUGAUAGGUACAUAAUUUUGGAAUUGUGAUGCAUAAUACGCUGAACGAGAAACACGAGAGGCUUCUUCGAGAGUUACUUUGAACAAGAAUAAUGAGAUGGUGAUACUUGUUUUUGGUCAUUUGUGUAGGAAUAAUUAAUGUAACACGCUUCGUUUGUUGUCGUAUCGAAAAGAACGCGAGGAGAGCCUGCGCCUCUGCGCUGGACGAGGCUUGAUUAAUGGCUUUUUCCCUCUUCUCUCCCCCCUCGCCCCUCUGCGCAGCCGGCGGGAUAUUAUCUUUCUUUUUCUGGUUUUUAACCUCUGGCCGGCGGCCAAUUGACUUGUCAUAACGACUUGACAGAUUCGAUUUAACGCUCCAAACCCAUCGCUCUGCAUUCUCAUUCUCCUUUUUUCAUACCUACGGAUUGCCCCCCUGCGUUCAGAAAGUCUUCGCGCACGAACUGACAGAAAAUUGUGUACGACCUUGCACCGGAACUCGCACUUCCCGAGGCCCGACAUGUCAACUGAAAUUCCUGGACGAAUUUACGGAUUCGGGGACAAGAGACUAAGGGUUUUGAAAUUCUUUACGAUGGAUAUCGACGAACAUGCGAAAUGGGCUGACUCACCGUCGAGGACCGUCGCGAGCGGGACUUUCGUUGAAUUUUUUUUCGUUUUUUGCUGGUGUGAUAGUCGGAGAAGAAUUGCAAUGUGUUUUGGUAACGAUUAUUCGGCCGCGUUUUUCGUUAAAUUAUUGUUGGUCGACCUCGAGAUACUUUUAUUCAAACUUUUCUUUAGCUUUCGGUUGUUUUUGGAUUGGUCGCUCUUCAUUUUUUCUCUCGUAAAAUCCGGAUUACGAGAAAUAGAGACGCGGAGUGUCUCGAACAGAAAAAAAUGGGGGGGGGGGGGGGGAAGGACACCUCGAAUAGAACGACGAUGGAGGGACGAACACGGGCUGUGACGGGCGGAUAAAAAAAUAGAGAAAGUUGAGAAAAUCCCCGUCCUUGACUGAUUCAUAUAUCGUGAGGAAUAAAAAAAAGAAAGAGUUGAAUAGAAGAAUGAAACGGACCUCAAGUAAAAUGUCUCUCUGAAUAUUUAUGAAGACGUUUCAUUCUUUCGUUUAUUUUGCUCUAACGUUCUUUCCAAUUUUACGAAGUUGGAAUUUUUUCGUCGUUCGGUAACGUCGUGUUAGAGGUUUUUCUGUUUUUUUUUUUUUUUUUUUCAUUCGACACUUCUCUUAGCAUUAAAAUAUCGUUGCUCUAAAACAAAUGACACAAAAAACAAAUGAGCAAAAAUGAAGUUGCCAAAAAUAAUUGUUAAUCGUUCGUUGAAUUAUUUCGUUCCUCGUCAAGUCUCGAUCGACUUUGUACAGUUUUAAGUUUUAUUAUCGUUUUAUUCAAUGAAUUUUUCCAGGACGCGAAAAAUUGGUUCGACGAAAAUGUUCCUCCGUGUAUAACAAGUUGAUUUUCUGAGAAGCGAAGUGCCGCCAUUUCUCUAUGACAUUCUCGCCGGGUUAUCGAGUUUGGAUUUUUCUAUACGAGCUCUCUUCACGUUUUUAUCUUUCGCGCGUAUCGAACGUUAUUUCAUUCGGAUUGUGCGAAUCGGAUACUCGUACAUGCAACGAAAAAUCGUGCCAAAUGGCUCCGACGAUUCACACGAGAGACGUUUUUUAACGUUCAGCAAAAAAAGUUGAGCGAAAAAAAUUCGGUUGAAGAUUUUUCGGCCUUCGCAAACGUUCGCUCUCGAUAGACGCGGCAUUAAUUUUUUUCACUCUGCCGUUCGGGCGCCUCCGAUAGUAACGAAAUAUAUACGCGUGUUUCGUCCUUCGAAUUUUAUUAUCCAUUUCUCCAGCGGGGAAAAAAAGACUUAUUGGAAGUUUAUUCGAGUCCGGGUAUAUUUAAAAGUUGAAAAAAGGGACAAAAUCGUGUGUACGGUGUGCGAUAUGAAAAUAUCCGACGCUCGUCGAAUCGACGCGAACGAAUUUCAUCUCUGCUCCCAAUCCAUUCUUCAUCUCUCCCGCAUACAUUUUUUUCCUCCUUCCUUUCAUUUAUCCUUCAUCGUCGAACUCUUGAUUGCAAAAUUAAGUUAUUAUUCUGGAGGGAGUGAGAGGGUGAAAGAAAGAGAGAGAGAAGCUUUUCGAAGUCAAUAUUUUCUGUGAUCGAUAUCUUGGAAUAUUCCUGUGGGUCUAAUUCCCCUCAGGGCCGUGAGACUCGUCACCGCGUCGUUUCGAUGCUUUGUUUUAAAAAUGAUUUGAGAAGGCCUCGUUCGUUGAAGUGUAAGAAGAGCAGAAGAAGUCCGGAACGAAACGUCACGUUGAUGCGUAGUAGAAGAACCAAUUUUUGUUGUCAUCUUCGACAUUAUUAUCCCCAUAGUCACGCUGAAUAGUGAAUUAGACCAAAAGUGAACGCGAUAGCAUAGUGAUAAAAGAGAAAAGAAAAAAUAGUGUGAAAGCGUUGUACGAGUAAGGAAUAAAAAUGUAAAUAGAUGUAGAGCAGCGGUAGCUUCGACAAGGUUUUUGCGAUAACGAAGUUUAGAGCUUCGAAUUUAUUAGAAAAGACUUACGACCGAGUAGAGAGUGCGAGAAGAGGGAUUCGUCGAGAGGGAAGAAACGAGUGGAAAGAAAACAAUAAACAGAUUAAGAGAAAUGUAUUGUGAUGAGAGCCUGCCUCGUGUGGACUCGCGAUCGAGAUCUCGAGCACGGACGUAAACGAUAAAUACGAAAACUGAGCAGAGAUAAAUAAAACAGUUUACCAAAUAAGCGUGCGUGUACGAAAAUUCCGAAAAUAUAAAUCAAGUCCGAAAAUGCUGCGAGCGUUGGAGACUCGAUCGCAAUUUAUUACCAAGCGCCUACCAAUAAAAUCAUUCAUUAGAUAAACGAAAAGGGAUAACAAAAACGAACACACACACAUUAUAAAUACCGAUACGACUAUUCUACCGAAAAAUAGUGAAAAAAUACCAUUAAAAAAACGAAAAUAUAUCUAUAUAUAUAUUAAAAACAAAACGAAGAGCAAAUGUUGUGUGCGAAUGUGUGUUGGUUAUCAAGAAUUCCGAAGGGUCAUUAACAAAAACGAAUAAUCUUUAACGCAUAAGUAAGCAGUUUGUACUAGCGCGAGUGUGAUUUAAGUAGGCCGACGAGACAAGAACAAAAGCCCCAUAAAAAUAACGAAAAAAAAUACUUCGAAGAAAGAAAGCAAAAGAAGAUAGCGAAAGGUGAGAAUAAGUGAUUUUCUUUGAGCGAAAUGAAGCGCAAUUGGAAUGAGCGUUCUACUUGAUCAGUUGUGGGGCGCGAAUUCACGAUUUCCCCUGAUACACGUUACGAGUCCUCUUCAUUUCUUUCCUUGUUUCCUCGACUUGAAAAAGUGAGAUAUUUAGUGAUGAUAUACAGAGUUAGAUAGUUCGCGAUCGACUUCAAUUCUACGCUCGAUCGCGUUUCGGUUUUGUAAGAUUUAACGGUGAUAAUAUGUGGGUAAUGGAUUAUAUAGUUAAUGAUAUAUAAAACAAAAAUAAAUAAACUUAUUUAAAAGAGUACACGGGAUAAAUGGACUAUAAAAAGAAAACACACAAAAGUUACGUUGAAGAAUACGAACACGAAUGAAAUGACGAACGUGCGAGUCGAGUUUUCAGUGACAAAUUUAAAAACUACACCGACAUCUGUGUAACAACGUUCGAAAGAUCCAUCAAAGGAGAGGGUACGAAUAUAUAUAUUUCGAAAACUGUAUUACGAUAACGAAUGAGGGAAAUGGAAAGGGAGUGAAGUUUCACUCGAUACACGCAAGUAACAUACUCCAUGCCUUAAUGAAUAGUAGAUUUAGAACGAGAGCUAUUUAUGAGAGCGAGAUAAAGAGCGAUUAAACUUGUAAUAAGAACUUUUUUUUUUUCUAGAUACUACCAUUGUUUAUUAUUAUUAUUAUUAUUAUUAUUAUUAUUAUUAUUUGAUAUAAUAUUAUUAUAAUUAUUGUAGACUAUUAAUUGUUGUCAACAUUGAUAAUUAUAUAGAUUAAUAUAUUAUUAAUUAUAAUUUAGGUAGAGAAAAAUAUGAAAUUUGUUCGAGUGGGUCGUUGAUCGAUUCGUCGAUCGCGAAUGGGCGAGAGGUUUAAAAUUUCUUUAUCGUUGUCUUGGUUGCCAAUGCUCUAAAAGGCAUUGAAGUGAAUAUUUUAUUUUUCCUUAUAACCAAAUCGCCAUAAAAAAAUUCUUUGUUAAGAAGAAAGGGAGGAAGGAAAAUAUCGAAAGUUGUGGCUAUAAGGCCUACGAACUUUUUCAUUAUUACGAUGAUAAUGAUGAUUAUCAUUAUGAUUAUUAUUAUUACUAAUACAAUUGUUACAAUGAAAUAUUGCGAGUUAUUAGCAGGCGUGUUUUAAACGACGCGCAAGUCAUCGAGGUGAUUUUUGUUUGUUUUCAUAGAGUUUUGAGCGAGGCUGUGCACUCAGGAAAAUCGAGAGGGAAAGGAAAAGAACGUGGGAGAGAGAGAGAGAAAGGGGGAUUCGGGAGAAGAUUUAAAAAAAUUAACACUUAUUAUUUUUCCCUUAUGAGUUUCGGUUUUGUACGAACAAACGAAUAUUAAUAAUAAAACGAAUAAAUGAUACACCAAAGACGUUAUUUUCAUUGUACAUUUUUGUACGUGAAAAAGUCAUAAUCCGGAGGGAUAAAUAUUUCUAUAAUAUCGCGUGUAUUUACGUACAUUGGAAAAGAAGGGGGCACGAGAAAAAGUGAUAUUUAUUUAUGCACAUGUUAAAACGAUAUGAAAAAGUCGAGGGGGUCAAAUCGCCCUACGAGUCUCAUCAAAUUUUACGAUGUUUAACGCCCUCUCGCUCAUCCUCGACUUCAACCCUCCCCUUCUUCGAACGCGACGUGUAUAAAAAAAAUGCCAAAGAAAAUGAAAAAAAUACAAGUAUGAGAGGCGUGGAUAAGACGGUGAAAAAAUAUCAUAAAUUUUUUGAAUUUCACGUUGUUACAUUUACAAGUUUCUCACAAAUAUUGGAAAAUUUCUGGAAUUACGUCUUUUUAAGGCUUUGACUUAUCGUCUGUCCAUUCAUUUUUAUUUAACCAUUUUUUUCUCUUCGCGCCAAACGCCGGUAUGAUUUUAGAGGUUAAUUUUUCACAGUCACUUUUCUUUCUCUCCUUCUCACUCUCUCUCUCUCUCUCUCUUAGUCUCUCUCGCUCUCUCCGUCUCGUCGUCUCUCCCUUUCUCUCGUUUAUUAUCGUCGUUUUAUUCUCGCAAAGUGAUAAGUGUGGAUAGCUCGAUGUGCAGAAAACCUACGAUGAAAAAAAGGGGAACUUUUUUUUAGUUUUUUUUUCUUUUCACCGAUUAUUGUCGAGUUUUGUCCACGAUGGUUGUGAUAGAUACUGGCGCGCGAUGCAUCAACGAUUUUCUUUCAGUUACCAUUUAUUAUUAUUAUUAUUAUUAUUAUUAUUAUUAUUAUUAUUAUUUUCGUCUAUAUGUUUCAUUAAUAUUCUGUUAUAAAUAAUGCCUAUUUAUGUUGAAUUAUAAAUAUGCAUUAUUAUUAUUAUCGUUACUGAAAUGUGUUUAUUUAGGGAAUAAAUGAUCAAUAUCACAUUUCAUCACGAUGAAAGUUUUCCCACCCUCUUUUAUUAUUCACAUUCCGCCAGAAAUAUCCUUUCAUCUCAAUUGAGUCACAUAAAAGAAUAUAUUGUGCGUUGGUACGAAAAAUCGUUAUUGAGCCCAGGUGAUUACUAACUGAAUUAAUUGAUUUCACGUUGGAAUAAUACGGGGAAAAAAUGGUCAUUGCAAUAUUUGCUCCCUCGCGAAGAUGGAACAUUUUUUGUUUCCCAAAGAGAUAAUUCUGAGAAAAUACAUAAAAAGUGAAUUCUUCCUUUUACUUGUCGGCUUCAUAAAGACGUUCGUCUUUGCUAAUGAGAAAACGUAGUGGAAAAAAGAUCUGAACAAGCCUGGAUUCCUCUGUUCUACCUUCUACCUCGCCUUUCAAUGGCGGUUGCUCCGGACUCGCCUGGUUCACCCUCUGUCCCUCCUCGCAAGCUCCUUCCGCAUCACUUAUUUCGACGUUGUUUUUUUCUCUCAUUUUGAUACACGUUUUGCUUUUCUUAUAUACGCGGGAACGUCUUUGAUCAGCGAAACUUCACGGAGACGUCCUCCCAUUUGAUGCAUCACGAUUCUUCAACGGAUCUCUCUCAAUUCUCGUGCUUGUGGUACACUCCUCUCUCACUUACGUCGCUAGUCGCUUCCUAUUCUUCUGCUCCCUCUUGCGGCCAAACCGAAAACAGACAGUUAAUGAAAAAUUGGACGUAUUUUGAUCAUAGUAGUCGCAAAUGGCGAUCUUCAGAGUAAUAACGGUUUUGGAAUAAAUUCGUGAAUAUCAAAUGCGAACUCGGGACUCUGUUGUUCGUUCGCUAGAAAAUCAACGUGAUUAAGUAUCCGCCAACUAAUUUGACGUGUUAUCAUCAAAGUUAGUCGUGUCGAUGUACCGAAAUUUCCUCCGCGUUAUACACGAAAUACACGAGGAUUUAUCACGUGUUAUGAACGAAGAAGACGCAGAGGAUAAUCACUUCCGGAAUAGUUUUCCUACAAUGUGUACAAGCUCAUCCUCCUCCGCAAUCUACACUUUUUGUCUCCUUAGUUAGAUACAUAUUGUGUACUAACUCGUUACUCAUAAUACGAAGGAAUUUAUACACGGGACUUUCCAGACGAUGUGCGCGGACUUUUGUCAUAAUCCGGGAUAGCGUCGAAUCGAACGACUCAAGAUUCGAAUUGAACGCGUUAUUUUGCAAAUCGUUUUUUCUGAAUAAAAAGUGAGUGAACAACGAGACUAUUGAAUCACAACGAAAAGAGAUUUUUACAGCUUGGAGGAUCGGAGACCCGGAAUUUUGAGGUUAGAACGGCCCAUACAUUUGUACACGUAUUAUUGUGGUUUCCCCGAGAAAUAUUUGGGUUCGCAAGGGACAAAGUUUUGGACGGAGAACGCAAUUUAGGUCCUCGAUUCACGAGCCACUCGAAUAACCGGAGAAAACUAUGCGCUGAUUUGCAUCAUUAAUCAUUCCUCUCAGGCCGCGCGCGUUGCUCUUUUUAUUGCUUUCACGACACCAAAACCGUUGAAACUACAGUCUGUCUGACAGGUAAAUUUUCUUCGCUCAAAUACACGCUCCAGUGAAAAUAUAUACGUGAUCGAAAAACAAAUGUAAAACCAGUUGGAAACGAAGUUAAAGUUCGAAUGUGGAAGAAAAAUACUGCAUCCAUGUAAAUCCAUGUACGGUACAGUAAAUUCUCGAGAUAUGGGGAAAAAGUCGUUAAAACUUUGCGAAACUUGGCUCGCGAUAGAAACUUGUCUUCGGAGGUUAGUGAUAAAAAAAAUAUAUAUAUAUAUAAAACAACAUAAAGCAAUAUUGAAGCAAUGAUAUCGUCAACGUUAUUUCAACCCGGCGAAUUUAACGGUCUUUCUUUCCCUCUGGUUUUCGUAACAUUCGCGAGACAGCGAAUUGUGAAUUCCGAUCAAACGAUCCGUGAACCCACGUACAGACGGAUUAUUCUCGCGGUUCGUUUUUCUUCUUUCACAAAUACCUUUUGAGACGCUUCCGAGGGGAGUACGAAAAAAACGUCGAAUAACAAACGCGAAAGAAGAAAAUAUUCAGGGGCAAAAAAUGUACGCCACGAAAGAAAAAUGAGCUCGUUUUUCACUCGCAUAUUUGCUUUUUUCCGGAAAUUACUUCUCCUGAAUUUUUCUCCCGAAGCACCGUGCUACUAAUUCUUCGAAAAGCCGAACGAAGUGAUGUUUUUUUAUCGAGAGCAAGAUGUACGUAUCGAGAAUGUGUGUACAAACAAUUUUUCCCCGAUAUUUACAUUUUAUUUAAAAAAAUUUAUUAUCAGUCGCAUAAAAUUUGGUCACGCGUAAAUUUUCGCUUUACUUUUUAUUUCCGUUCCGCCGUAUCCUGCUUUGCCGAAAGCUUCGUAAAUGAAAGAACUGGGCAAAACCGUGUUUUUGUUCGUGCUUCAAUAAAUACUCGAAUCGACGUCCGCGUUCCGUUUAUUUAUUUUUUAUCUUUUCUUUACCUCGUCAAACCGACGAAAAGCAUCCAUCCGCAACUUCGACUUUAUACCGUGGUUGCUGGCAUUCGAUCAUAGAAAUUUAUAACACCUGUCACGUUGUUCUCGCUCGUUAUUAUUCACUGAUAUGUACACGCAUGAAGCGGAAUGACACGAUAGAAAGGAAUCAACAAACUAAUGCGACAGCACACUUCGUGGACAAACGUAAACAUGACGUUUCAUAACCUCAAAUUUUUUUUUCAAUUAGUGUAGCUCGUUCCCAGCAAUUAUGCGAUGUGCGUUAGCAAUGUUUUAGUGUUCAUUGAUCGAUCGUAUCUUCGCCAAAAUCAACUUUCCAAAUGCCAGUGUCAGAAUAGCGCGGAUUAUAAAAGAACGAUUGCUCGAACGAAAAAUGAUAUUUUUUUUGGUCCCCCGCCUCGCUUUUCGACCGUGGCGCCUCCUGGCGGCGUUUCUUCCUAGACUACAUUUCCAUUAGUAUAUUGCUUUAUAAUGUACAGGAUAAAAACGAUCGGAGGCCUCACCUAUACAUUAUUUGUUGUAUUUUUUCCCCUCGUUUUUUUUUUCCAACGCAACAGAAAAUACGUGAGCCUCUCGGGCUCAUUGUAAAGUAAUAUUCUAAUGGAUUGCGAGUUUCCGUAGUAUUUGAGCUGCCUGAAUUUCGCUCUGCAUUGGAUAAUGUGCAUGCGCACACGCUCUUCGGGCGUAAAAAUACUCGAGCGCUCGUCCGAUACGAGAUGACUGGAAUUCGAAUGAAAUUCUUUAAAAUGAGAGCGACGAGACCGAUCGGACUCUGGGCCAUUUUCGACGGGAAUUUUUUCUUUUGAGCGAGAAGAUCGAAAUGAGACAGCGGGCUGAAGUCGAAUCGAAAUAAUAUCGUUGAAAUUUCUUUGUCGAUUCGCUUUUGGUCUCGCUCAUCCUAUGAUUUCGUCAAAUAAAUAUUAUUUUUCGUAUACUUAUAAAAAAGCCGAGUUACAGCCUCGCUCGCCUCGGAAGCUCAACGACCUCUGUGAGUCAAUGCACGAAACGAACAGCAAUACGAUUUUCAUGUUAUAUUUCCAAUAGUUGUUUUUCUUCAUCGGGGAUAUGCGUCCGCGUUGUUACAUCGUCCGUGAAAAAUCGAUCGAUAAUCUUGGCUAACGAGGAGGUGGAGGGGAAAGGAGAAUUGAUUAAACUUUUCAUCGACGUUUAUAACGAUGGGGUGUCGCACUUGUGAUAAAAUCGUUACAUAAAUUAGAUCGAUAAAGCGACCUUUAUUAUUAUACACAUAUACAAUGAUAAUGAUGCCGACGGUUGCGAUAUACGUAUUUAAAACGAGACGAAAAGAAAGAACAAGCGUAAUUGUAUGAGAAACACGAUUAGCGUGUGAUUAGAUAAACAAAUAUAUAUAAAACGCGGAUUCGGUUAAUCCGAAUAGUUUAUUAUGCCCGACAACGUAGCGUUGGAAAGCAACAAAUAAGCGCCAUUUUCAGAGUGUAUGACCGUGCGAAUGUGUGUUGAGCGUGCUCGAUAGGUUGAGCGAGUGAGACAAAGGAUGUAAACAAUGACAAAAGCAGCGACGAUUUUUUUCGACGAACUGUCUUUCCGAGCAGAAAAUUUAGCAAUAAUGUAUAAUAAUGGGAGAAAAAAACGAGGAAAAAAUGAGAGAAUAAACGAAACCGAUACACUUCGGAAUAAUUUUAGAGGAAUAUGAUGAAAGAAAGACACUGACAAAAUAUUGAUAGAAAGUGCAAAUGCGGAAGGAGAGCGAAUAAGUUUAUGGGGCUAAUCGCAUACAGGGAAUAAUAAGGAAAAGAUCGUAACAUAACGAACGAUAAUUAUCAUGAUUAUUAAUAUUAUGAGUAAUAUAUAUAAAUGAGAAAAAUAGUGAAUUACAAACACGCAUUGUAUUAUUAACCGAGGAAGCUCUUAAGUAUCAGCAGUAGCGAUCGAACUGUACUUUAGACGAUGAUUUUCGAUUGAACUCACAUUAUCACGUCGUUUUAUUAACGAAUACGAAUUUGAAUAACGAGAACACGACACAGGACGGUUGAUGGGUAAAGAAAAUAAAACGAGUAUUUAUUGAUGAUGUUAAUCCGUGUGAUGUUGAUUGAAAGAAUAACACGAAAUAUACGGCCAAUCGAAGGACUAAAAUGACCCCGAAAACAUGGCCAAUACGAGACGCGAGAGGGCAGCACACGCGUCGAGAGAACUCGAAACAGAUAUGGACGCGAAACCAAGCGAAACAAGACCUACGAAUUAUAUGUAACGACAGUAACGAUGUAAUUGCUAGUCAAUGUUCAAUGUUGAGAUAUUUAUCUGAAAUAAAAUGCAUAUACGUUGUUUACACCA